UAGGUACAGACCCUGGGCGGUGCGGCGCCGCCUGCUCCCCGGCUGCAUCCAGACGGCGCUGUGGCCGCAGCGGCAGGUUCCUCCGGGGGCCGCGUCCCAGCGAGCUCGUAGGAAUCCCGGCGGGCAGCUGGCUCCGCUGCGGCGCUGCACCCCAUGAGACAAAAGAAAAGAAGUUCCUGACUCAUGGAAUUUAUAUGGGCAUGAUACUGAGAGUUGUUGAGCUCCGACUGAAAUCAUGUGUCCGAUCCUUCACUCUUUGAAGUUGAUGAAAGCAGGAUUGGACCCAUAGAUGUUACUGAUCCAUGAGAGGACCUUCCCUCUUAUCCCAUGACUGCCUACUUUGUUGAAGAGCCUUUGGAAGAAAAGUCUAGAACAAUCUAUUAAUCAUUUCGGUGAUGGUUCUGAAGAAGAGAAUGGCUUCUGAUGGUGACAGAGUGCAUCCUUUGUAUCCAUAAAAAGAUAAGUCAGAAGAAGAGAAAUUGGAACUAUUGAUUGAUAUUUGUUCAGCUGAUGGGGUUUCCUGACACCACUGAAGAAGUCUAAUGGAUUUUCCAUCACUAACAUCACUGGAAUGGAUAUGAGAGAAAUCAGCCAUGAUGGAAAAGUAUUACAUGCGGGACUGUGUUGAGGACUACUUGAAUUGUUAAUGUCUAACACAGAGGGUUGCUUGGCUAUUGGUUCAGUGUGGCGGGAGGGAUUUUUACCGUAAACUUUAAAAAUAACUAUGUCCAAGAAAAGCCGUGCCAAGGGAGAGAGAUCCGACAUGGAGAUAGAAGCAGUUCAGGCUGCUAAUGAGGAACUACGGAUUAAACUGACCAACAUCCAGAUAGAAUUCCAGCAAGAAAAAAGCAAGGUGGGUAAACUGAGAGAGAGAAUCCAGGAAGUCAAACAAGAAAGAGAGCAGGAGCAGCACAAGCACACUGCCUACAUCUCUGACCUGAAGGCUAAACUCCAUGAGGAGAAAAUGAAGGAACUCCAGGCUGUCAGGGAGCUGCUUAUCCGGCAGCAUGAGCAGGAAGUAGCUCGUAUGGUAAAAAUAAAAGAGAGUGAAAUUCAACGCUUGCAGUCUACGGUGAACGUGCUGCGGGAUGGGGCAGCCGACAAAGUGAAAACCGCAUUGCUAAACGAAGCCAGGGAAGAAGCUCGGAAAGCAUUUGAUUGCGAACGCAUAAAGGUGCAGCAGGAGAUAUUAGAGCUGAAGUCUGGUAAAAAGCAGCUUGAAGAAGCUUUGAACAAUAUUAUGCAGGCAGAUAAAAUGAAGGCUGCUGAUCUGCGCAUGGCUUAUCAGUCCCAUCAAGAUGAGGUUAAUAGAAUAAAGCGUGAAUGUGAGAGGGAUAUCCGCAGGCUGAUGGAUGAGAUAAAAGGCAAAGACAGAGUGAUUUUGGCUUUGGAAAAAGAUCUUGGUGUCCAGGCAGGCCAUGCACAAAAGCUGCUUCUUCAGAAAGAAGCUUUGGACGAACAGCUUGUCCAAGUGAAGGAGGCAGAACGGUACCAUGGUAGCCCCAAGAAGGAACUUCCUGCUGGAGUAGGGGAUAUCACUGAAAUGAUGGGAAGCCCGGAACAGCAUAUGGAUGAACGAGACAUAAGGAGAUUUCAACUAAAAAUCGCUGAACUGAAUGCUGUAAUACGGAAGCUGGAAGACAGAAAUACCCUUUUAGCAGAUGAAAGAAAUGAACUGCUGAAACGUUCUCGGGAGACAGAAGGUCAGCUGAAGCCCCUUGUAGAGAAAAACAAGAGGAUGACCAAAAAGAAUGAGGACAUGUUACAGUGUAUCCAGAGGAUGGAAGAAAAAAUUAAAAAUCUCACAAGGGAAAAUGCAGAAAUGAAAGAAAAGUUAUCCACACAGCCAACUUUGAAGAGACACACUUCCUUGAAUGAUCUCAGUAGCACACGAGAGGAACAAGAAAUGGAAUUCCUGAGACUGCAAGUCAUAGAGCAGCAGCAUGUUAUUGAUGAUCUCACAGUGGAAAGAGAACGCUUGUUACGCCCUAAAAAACCAAAAAGGAAAAGUUUGAAACCUCCAAAGAGGCAUGUUGUGGAGACGUUUUUUGGGUUUGACGAAGAAUCUGUUGACUCUGAAACCUCAUCUGUAACUUCAUAUAACACGGACAAAACAGACAGAACGCCAGCAACACCAGAAGAAGACUUGGAUGAUAGUACGCCUAAAGAAGAGGCUGAUUUAAGGUUCUGUCAACUAACCAGAGAAUAUCAAGCUUUACAAAGAGCAUAUGCAUUACUUCAAGAGCAAGUUGGUGGGACACUGGAUGCAGAGAGAGAAGCAAGGACUCGUGAACAGCUGCAAGCUGAUCUCCUCAGGUACCAGGCAAAAAUUGAAGAUCUGGAGAAAUCUCUGAUUGAAAAAGGACAGGAUUCCAAAUGGAUAGAAGAAAAGCAGCUCCUUAUCAGAACAAACCAGGAGUUGUUAGAAAAGAUUUACAAAAUGGAGCUGGAAGAGAAUCAGCUGAAGAACGAGAUGCAGGAUGCAAAAGACCAGAAUGAGCUGUUAGAAUUCAGAGUGCUUGAACUUGAAGAGAGAGAACGAAGGUCACCGGCAUUUAACCUCCAUAUAACCACCUUCCCUGAAAACAAUGGAAGUGCACUUCAGCUGUUCUGUCAACAGGAAGGAAUAAAGGAUGUGAAUAUUUCUGAACUUAUGAAGAAGCUUGAUAUCCUUGGAGAUAAUGGGAAUUUGAGAAAUGAAGAACAGGUUGCAAUAAUCCAAGCUGGGACUGUACUUUCCCUCUGUGAAAAGUGGCUAAAACAAAUAGAAGGAACAGAAGCUGCAUUGACACAGAAGAUGAUGGACCUGGAGAAUGAAAAGGACCUGUUCAGUAAACAGAAGGGUUAUUUAGAGGAAGAACUCGACUACAGGAAACAAGCUCUGGACCAGGCUUACAUGAAAAUCCAGGAGCUGGAAGCCACGCUGUAUAACGCUCUGCAGCAGGACCCUGGAAGGCGGGCGAGUGAGUCCUUGAAUGAAGUGCAGAGGGAGGAUUUGCGAGCUGCGGUGGAGAAGGUGCGGAGGCAGAUCCUGAGGCAGAGCCGCGAGUUUGAUAGCCAGAUCUUGCAUGAGCGCAUGGAGCUGCUGCAGCAGGCACAGCAGCGGAUUCGAGAGCUAGAAGAUAAAAUAGAACUUCAAAAGCGGCAACUCAAAGAAAUAGAGGAAAAGCAUUCAUUGUGUGGCCUUGAUGACACGCCUGAGCCAAGAAAUGUGGAUAUUAAAAGAGCCUAUGGAGUGAACAACUGAAUCCAUGUGCAAAAACCAGAAAAUAAUUAUUUGAGCAGCUUUAAAUUGGAGCAUUUUUGUCAUGAAACAGUUUGCAUAAUACUUCAAGCGGCAAGAUAUUUGAAUUAAAAUUAGGAAUUUUGUAAAGAUAUAGUUUCAAACUGGAAUGAUUUGAUAAUCAGAUAAGGACCAGCACACCAUGAACACUAAGAAAAUCUAUACAGAAUUUACAAAAAAGAAUCAAACACUGGGAAAAAAUAUCAAGUGCAAUUACUGACUGCUUUAUGAACUAUUAUCUACCAAAUGGUUUUAUUAUAAUACCAUGUCCUUAUAAUACCAUGUCUUUUGUUUCUCCAUAUUGCAUGCUUUCAGCAAAGGUGGUUUGUAUUUCACAGAAGAACUACAGAAGCUCCUUUUUAAAAUAUAUAUAUAAAAGUUAAAUGCUGACAGUAAAUGCCAUAGUAAAUAUCUGAAGGGGGAAAAACUGUACAAAAUUGGAAAAAGAGAUUUAGAAACACACUGGUAAAAUUCAUACUAAAUUGUUAGACUCUGAAACCACACAGAUAGGAAAAGAGAGGAAAUAACUGUUUAGUGAAAGCAACCCAAUAGGUGAAGUGGAGUUCUCAGAAAUUAGUGGUUGUCUAUGAGACAUAGAGAGGUAAACAUGCAGCAAGAGAAGGAGCUAGACUCAUUGGAUUAAGUAAAACUGUGGGGAGGAUAGGAGUUGCAUCAGAGAAUCAAAUCUUUGAAUGCCACUUGAAAAUUAAAGCAAUCACUUAGAAGGAUUUCAUUGGAAGAAUGAAUGAUCUUGAGAUGAAAUGGAAGCUCAGGAAAGCACAACAUAUGACUGCAGAGCAUACAGUACACCACAGUCAAUUAUGUCUUAAAGCAUGAAGAGGAGAUUGACCUAAAAUUUCAACAUAGGAACAGGCAAGUACAGGAACAUGAUGGUAAAAGAAAUAUCUGAAAGGGAAUGCAAAGAGAAACACAAUGGGCUCCUGGGGGAAAUAAAGGAAAAGUAUAAUUACAUUAACCACAAAGAAGUAAACAUGACACUACCCCCAACCAACAGAGUUAGAUAAACACAAAUGUUGACAUUGACCAUUUGAACUAGCAGACAAAAUGAAAUUACAGAUUAAAAAUAAUCAGAUAUGGAGAAAGUUGUUAAAGAUGGACAGUGAUUAGAAUGCCAACAGAGAUCCUAUUGUCAAAGGAAGGAUAAUAAAUUAUAGUGCAUUAUUUCAGAUCUGGAAAGACGAUAUCAAGAAAUAGAGGUAGUUCUCAUAGUUUCUAGCACUUUAGAGGCAGGAUGAAAAUGAUAAUGACAAAAAAAACUGAGGGAAAGGUAUAUGAUGGGAGCUGAAUACUGGAUGUGAAAGAGGACUAGAAGGCUCAGAGUAGGAGGAUCCACCUAGUUAUUGGUUGGGCUAUGAAAUAAAAGGAACAUAGACUUCAAAUAAAGAUAUCAGUCAGGAUUAGCUGCCGAAGAAAUGUUGGGACUCCAAGAGGCUAACUCACUGUUAUGCAAGAAAAACUGGUUUAUGUGGGGAGGUAAACAGAAGGAAGAUGAUUUGUUCUAAUGACAAAAAGCACAAUUGAAUUUAUAUAGAAUCAAGCAAGUCAAAGGCAUGAUCCAAUAGGCUGGAAAAUUCUGAACCCCUACAGAGUGCAUGAAUCAAAUAGAAAAUGGAGUGUUUAGAGAACUUGUCCUUUUAAACAAUAGAGAAAUUUCAUAUCUAAUUAAAGACUUCAGCAGUGCAGUGAUGGAACUUGGAAUGAAGACAUCUUCACUGCAAAAAAGAAGUGUAGGCAUUAAAAAGGAAGGACAUAACUUGAGACUGUUGAAGAAAGCCAAUACCUAAAGCAGGUGAUGGGAAAGAAGCAAGGAGAGCACAACUGAAAAGUGCAUUUCACAUAGAAAAGAAACCGAAACUCUGCUUGUUUAUCACCAAUUUGGAAAUAAAACUAAAAGCACAAGAACAAAACUGUCACUCAGCAUUUGGUUCAGCAGUAAGUGCUCUGGAAGGACAGGAGAUGGUCUCAUUGCAAAGCAGCAAAAGUAUGGAACAGGUUUGUUUUUGUACCUUUUAAUUCUUGUGUUUGAAUUGAUGUGUUAUAUUUUGCAGCAAUGGAAUCUGCUGAUACAGGUGGAAUUUUCCUUAUAGAGUUUGUGGCAUUUUGUCUUGUCUUUUUGCUGGGCUGAUGGGAUUCAUGGUUUUUGAAGUCUGGGAUUUUUACUUUCACCUUACUAACCUUUCAUAAUUGGUAUCUCUUGUAGGAAUGAGAGUAACCAUCACUUGUUAACUGAUUGUAUUAAACCCUGUGCAAAAUA